CAAGUAAAACGCCAAUCACUCUCCAACAACACAAGUCACGAGUCACCGCGCAUUGCCACCACUUUAGCCAAUGGACUUAUCUUCGUGGUUCCGGCGCAACCUUCUGCGGAACACUGAAAAGACCCAGAACCCAGAUCCCCCAAAGCCAAAUGAACCUGAACAAGAGCUACUUGGAGUCACGGAGCAGUUGAUCAAUCAUGUCAAGUCUUUCACUUUAGAAACCUUCAAGACUUUCCCUCUCCCAGAUGAUGAAGGAGCUACUUCUGGUGACAACUCUCUGACAACUUCAAGCAACAUUCAGAAAGAUCUCUCGGAAUGGCAGGAAAGGCAUGCCAUGUUUGUGCUCUCAAAAGUGAAGGAACUUUCCCACCUAAGAUAUAAGCUAUGCCCAGGCCACAUGAAGGAACAUCAAUUUUGGAGAGUAUACUUUAUGCUUGUCAAGAAACAGGUGGCCGAAUAUGAGCUACGUGCCAUACAACUAGCAAGGCUCAAAGAAGUGACAAUGGAAAAUGAAAGGUCAAGUGCUGCUGAUGGAUGUGAAGUUGAAAUGGCAGAAGCAAAGCACAAUGCAGUUGCAAGCUUAGCACCUACAAAUCCAUAACAUCACAUGGCCUUUCUUGUAGCUGUAUCCAUUAGCUAGUCAACGGUUCCACUAAACAUUGGACAAGAUCGAACCUAGGUACAACCUUACUCCAACAUGAUCCGUUCUUUAGGUUUUGCCUUUCUGAGGCAUUUACGGAAUAUAGAACCAGGGAACGUUAGAAUCCAAAUCUUCUAAUUUUUGGGCUAAUGGAAUAGUGAUUUGUCGAGGCUAAUUUGUUCACAUGUUGCUACGUUAUUUGUAUGAUAUUAAGUGAUUUGGUGACUUACCUUCCCACUACCA